AGCGCCCCGGAAGUGAUCGGGGGCGGCUGCGGCAGAGCGGCCAGGAGGAGGGUGGAUCUCCUGAGAGCCGAGCGCCCCGAGUCCUCUUCCACCUCCUCCUGCCGCCCGGGCUCUGCCGCCGCCCGUCGGACUCCACCUUCCGCCGCUCCUGGCGCAGAGCCUCCCGGACGACUAGGGCCGAGCACGCUCCGGCCGGAGGCAGCUCAGCUGCGGCUUUCGGAGCCCGCGGGGCGGCGGACCCGCUUGCGGUGCAGAUUCUUCCUAAGCCUUUGGUGAACACCCUGUGACGCGAGAUGGCUGCAAACAAGCCCAAGGGCCAGAAUUCCUUGGCCUUGCACAAGGUCAUCAUGGUGGGCAGCGGCGGCGUGGGCAAGUCCGCUCUGACUCUGCAGUUCAUGUACGACGAGUUUGUGGAGGACUACGAGCCGACCAAGGCAGACAGCUAUCGGAAGAAGGUGGUGCUGGACGGGGAGGAGGUGCAGAUCGACAUCCUGGACACGGCGGGCCAGGAGGACUACGCGGCCAUCAGAGACAACUACUUCCGCAGCGGCGAGGGCUUCCUCUGCGUCUUCUCCAUCACGGAGCUGGAGUCCUUCGCGGCCACCGCCGACUUCAGGGAGCAGAUUUUAAGAGUAAAAGAAGAUGAGAAUGUUCCAUUUCUGCUGGUUGGAAACAAAUCAGAUUUAGAAGAUAAAAGGCAGGUUUCUGUAGAAGAGGCCAAAACCAGAGCGGAUCAGUGGAACGUUAACUACGUGGAAACAUCCGCUAAAACGCGAGCCAAUGUCGACAAGGUGUUUUUUGAUUUAAUGAGGGAAAUUCGAGCCCGAAAGAUGGAAGACAGCAAAGAAAAGAAUGGAAAAAAGAAGAGGAAAAGUUUAGCCAAGAGAAUCAGAGAAAGAUGCUGCAUUUUAUAAUCAAAGCCCAAACUCCUUUCUUAUCUUGACCAUAUACUAAUAAAUAUAAUUUAUAAGCUUUGCCAUUGAAGGCUCAAUUGACUGAAAUUACUUUAACAUUUUGGAAAUUGUUAUGUAUCUCUAAAAGCAUGAAUUGGAACUGCACUGAAAGUCAAAUUCAUUUAAAAAAGAAAUUAAUGUGGCUUCACCAAGAAGCAAAAUUCAACUUAUUUCAUAAUCGCCUACAUGUAUCACGGUCUGAAUGUAGCGUGGGAGCUUGUGUUUUGCCGGCAAUCUUUCUUGAACUUACUCAGAUGAGAUCGGGGUGGGCAGUGGGAGGAAAGGCCGCGUCCUCUGGUUUGUUAUAAAGCUUAGAUUUUAUAUCCUUUUAAACUGUCUUGGUCUUCUACUGCCUUGAAAAAUGACAGUUGUGAAUAUGAUUGUUAAACUGUACCACUUUUUAACCAUUGUUAUGCGAAAUACAGAGACGCCGUUUCUGGCAUGAUUGUUGCAUACCGUUAAAUCGCGAGUCAUUCAUCUGUGAGCUUCCAUUACCUGGUGAUUAACUUAGAAAAGUGGUGGCAACUUGUACAUGGAAAUGUUUUCUAUGCCUUAAUUUAGAAACCGAACAUACCCGCUCGUCGUUCUGGGUGUGUCCUCCCUGAGCCUGGCCCCGCUGCCCAGGUGUCCAGGAGAGGGACUAGAGGUCCACCCAGAGUGGAGAACAACUUUUGUAUAGAAGACUCUCGAGAAACAACUGCUAGGAGUCUGUCCAAAUUGAAACUGUGUGCCAUACUCUGGUUCUCGAAAGGAAGGUUCCAGAGCGCCUUGCUCGCUUUUAAUUAACCCUAAUGGAGUUGAAAAGGAAGGGCCAGCAUUUGCUUGUAAGAUUCCGUACUAGUUUCAGUGAACCAACCCUCUUUCUCCAAGAUGCUGGACCCUGCAGAUCCCUUUCGGCAAGUGGCCAGUGUGUGGGACGUUUCUGACGCCCGGGAGCCGGGCGCAGAGAAGCCAAAACCUUCGGGAACCGUGGUGCUGCCGCCCGUGAACGGCUCCGCUUGUGCUCCUGGGGCUGCAGUUUGGCUGCACGCGAGGUGCCGGGCGUCCCUGUGGUCUGUGGUUGUAAUGAGGACCACAGCUGCGCCCCCCAAGCUGUCCUCAGACCACCAAAGCCAAGCACAGCGCAGACGGCGCGUGUGCCCCAGACGGUAGGCCCAGGCCGUGCGCUGCGCCGCUCGAGAACCUAAUCCAGGGGGAAACACGCCCCUGUCAGAUUCCUCUCUGUCGAGUGAGCUGUCCUGGUUUCAUCCCAAAGUGUUUCUUUUGGCUCCGUCCUAAUUUCAACAAGUCAAAGACGUGCUUGGCCUUCCAGGUAGCAGAUGUGCAUAUGUGAAGCUCAACUAGGCUCUUUAGGACCCGAACUCCUUAGAUGCUGCGUCCAGCUUGUCAUGCGGAGUGUCUGCCCUUCAGGGGUCGAGGUGUGCAUCUUUCCCUUCCUGUUUCCAUAGGCUGUGCUGUGUGCAGAAGUAAACGUCCAUGGAAGCCCGGCCCGCGGGCACAGCGCUCUCCGUGUGAACGCAUCGCCGUGUCCCUGAGCCGGGCCCAACCACUACCAUUGUGACUCUGCUUUGAGGCCUUUCCUCUCCUGGGUACCGAGGUGCUAUGAAGCCAAACGACAAAGAAGCAUCAUGUGUCUUAGGCUGAUGCCACUACCCGAUUGAUUUCUUUGCAAUUUGAGCCAUUUAAAGACCAAUAAACUUUCCUUUUUUUUUUUUUUUU